AUAGGGAAAUCCUCUCGGUUCGCCUCGAUUUCUGCUCCUGUGAAUUCUGAGCUGUUCGGCUUGCAGGAUGGUGGUUCUGAAGGGGAUCCCCUCUAUUUUAUCACCCGAGCUGCUGUAUGCGCUGGCCAAAAUGGGCCAUGGGGAUGAACUGGUCCUUGCAGAUGCAAAUUUUCCUGCCUCUUCUAUUUGUGCCUGUGGUCCAAAAGAGAUCAGAGCUGAUGGUCUGGGAAUCCCACAACUUUUAGAGGCGAUUUUAACGCUGUUGCCCUUGGACACCUACGUGGACAGACCGGGCUCUCUGGAGAAAAUGGAAAGAUUUAAUUUCUACGAACGAGCUAAAAGGGCCUACGCUGUCGUGGCGACAGGGUGCGUAUUUUUCUGCUUUGACUUAAAUGUGGCGGUGGGUGUCCAAGUGCAGUCCAGAAAAUCUGGUGUCCUGCUUGUUUUAGAUUUGUUCAAUUCUUCAAAGUCUUCACUGUGUUUUUUAUUAAAAAUAAUGAUUUUUUUCUGAAACUGUAAAAUACAUCUUAAACAAACAUGAACAUUCGAAAUAAAUUUUGUGGGAAAACUCAGGGACUCCAUUUUUUCUCUUCCCAUUCGUACUUACUUCUUUAAUUAUUUCAUUAUUUCAGAUUUUGACCUUCAACUCCAAAUACACCCAAUUUUUUAUUUUUUUU